AUGUCCCAAGGUACUUUAUACUCUACUGAACAAACCCGUGGUAUUGCUCCAAGAGCUCUUAUCAAGCACUUCAAUCUUGAUAUUGCCAUUGAAAACAAGGAAGCUCCAGCUUACAAGGCCGCUUUCCCAUUGGACAAGAUUCCAGCUUUCAUUGGUCCAAAGGGAUUCAAGUUAACUGAAAUUAUUGCUAUCUCCGUUUACUUCGUUAACUUAGGUGAACAAAACUCCAAGUUAUUAGGUAAGAACGCUCAAGACUACGCUCAAAUCUUGAAAUGGAUCUCUUUCGCUAGUUCUGAAGGUGUUCCUCACAUUUCUACUGCCUUCAAGGGCUUAACCGGUGCUGCUCCUUACAACAAAAAGAACAUUGACGAAGCUUUAAAGAGUUUAGCUGUCACCAUCGGUGUCUUCGAAGAAAGAUUAUUGAACUACACCUACUUGGUUGGUGAAAGAUUGACUUUAGCCGAUAUUGUUGCCGCUACUCUUUUAGUCAGAGGUUUCGACUACCUUUUCGACAAGGAAUGGAGAGCUGCUAACCCAAACACUGCCAGAUGGUUCAAGACUGUUUUCUCCCACCCAAUCAUUAAGAAUGUUGUUGGUGAAUACAAGUUCAUUGAAAAGGCUGUUCAAUACACUCCACCAAAGAAGGAAAAGAAGCAAGCUGCUCCAGCCGCCAAGAAGGAAAAGGCUCCAGCUGCUAAGAAGGAAGCUGAAGAAGAAGCUGCCCCAGCUGAAGCCCCAAAGCCAAAGCACCCAUUGGAAGCUUUAGGUAAGCCAACUGCCGCCUUAGAUGAGUGGAAGAGAGUUUACUCCAACGAAGAAACCAGAGAAACCGCCAUCCCAUGGUUCUGGAAGAACCAAUACGAUCCAAAGGAAUGGUCAUUAUGGAAGGUUGACUUCAAGUACAACGAUGAAUUAACUUUAACCUUCAUGUCCAACAACUUGAUCGGAGGUUUCUUUGCUAGAUUAUUAGCUUCCACCAAGUACAUGUUCGGUUGUUUGGUUGUCUACGGUGAAAACAACAACAACGGUAUUACUGGUUUCUUCUUGGUCAGAGGUCAAGAUGUUGUUCCAGCUGUUAACGUUGCUCCAGAUUGGGAAUCUUAUGAAUUCACCAAGUUGGAAGACUCACCAGAAACCAGAGAAUUCGUUGACAACAUGUUAGCAUGGGACAAGCCAGUUAUCGUUAACGGUGAAUCCAGAGAAAUCGCUGACGGUAAGGUUUUCAAAUAG